ACGCUCUGCUAUUGGACCUUGAAGCUCCACUCGCUCCACCGAAGCCCAAUAAAGUCGAGCCCAUUGCACCAGUUAAGCAAGAGACACCCGCCCAGAAGGUUGCCGACAAGGACAGCAUCGAUGACAUUCUGGCGGAACUAGAGGCGGCCAAUAUUAGUACCAAGAGCAAAUCGCACGACAAGUGCAAGACCACACCCACAAUCCCUCCCAGGCCCAACAGGAAUAAGCCAAGGACCGAACUGUCGGUGGAAGUCGUCGGCCCUCAAAGUGUGGAGAAACAAGAGACGCUGGCGGAUACCCAUCUUCCGAGGUGCACCGGCUGCAAGCAGGGCAUUGAAGGCGAAGUCAACACGUACCUGGGAGUAGACUGGCACGAGGGGUGUUUCAAAUGCACGACCUGCAAGGAAGUACUGACCUCUGACCUGUUUUUCCAAACAAAGGGUAAGCCAUACUGUAAGGAUGACUACGAGAAACUCAACUCACAGAAAUGCGCCUACUGUAACAAGCAUAUCAAUGACGGUGUCGUGAACGCUCUCGGACGUACGUGGCACAAGGACCAUUUCUUCUGCUCACAGUGCGGUGUUGCAUUCAACGGCGACCCUUUCCACGAGAAAGACGGCAAGUUUUUCGAAUAUGAAACGCGUGCCUACUGCGAGUUACACUGGCACGGAGCCAAGGGGACACUGUGCAAAGGCUGUGAUAAGCCCAUCGAGGGCAUCUGUGUCACCGCAACCGGCGGCACCCGAUACCAUCCGGAGCACUUCACCUGCCACUACUGCAAGAAGCAGCUGAUGUCUACCACACACAAGCAGAAUGGCGAGCACUAUUUCUGUUUGACUUGCAAUAUCAAGUUGUUCGAGUAG